GGCGGGAAAAAGGCGGCGGCGCGGGAGGGCGGCGGUGACGUCACGGUGACGCCAUGCCGACGGUGCUGGGGCUGGAGGGCUCCGCCAACAAGGUGGGGGCGGGGGUGGUGCGCGAUGGCGUCAUCCUCAGCAACCGCCGCGCCACCUACGUCACGCCGCCCGGCCACGGCUUCGCCCCCGGCCCGACCGGGCGCCACCACCGGGGGGCACUGUUGGGGCUGGUGGCCGACGCCCUGGCCGACGCCCAGCUCCGCCCUUCCGACCUGGACGCCAUCGCCUUCACCAAGGGGCCGGGCAUGGGUUCGCCGCUGGCGGUGGUGGCGGCGGUGGCGCGGACGCUGGCGCAGCUCUGGACCCGCCCCCUCCUGGGCGUCAACCACUGCGUGGGCCACAUCGAGAUGGGGCGCUCCUGGGCCACGCCCCGCGACCCCCUCGUCCUCUACGUCAGCGGCGGCAACACCCAGGUGAUCGCCUUCUCCCGCCGCCGGUACCGGAUUUUCGGGGAGACGCUGGACCUGGCCGUCGGCAACUGCCUCGACCGAUUCGCUCGGCUCCUGCAGAUCUCCAACGACCCGAGUCCCGGCUACAACAUCGAGCAGCUGGCCAAGAGGGGGUCGCGGUUGGUGGAGCUGCCCUACGUGGUCAAGGGGAUGGACGUCUCCUUCUCCGGGCUCCUCUCCCACCUCCAGGCCGUCACCCCCAAACUUUUGGCGUCUGGGGAAGCGACCGUUGAGGAUCUCUGCUUCUCCCUUCAGGAGACGGCCUUCUCCAUGCUGACCGAAGUGACCGAGCGGGCGUUGGCCCUGACCCGGGCCCCCCAUUUGCUGCUGGUGGGGGGCGUGGCCUGUAACCGCCGCCUCCAGCAAAUGCUCCAGACCAUGUGCCAGGCCCGAGGGGCCCAACUCUGCCCCACUGACGAGAGGUACUGCAUCGACAACGGUGCCAUGAUCGCUCAGGCCGGUUGGGAGAUGCUGAGGGUGGGACAAGUGACCGAGCUCGCCCAAUCAGGGAUCACCCAGAGGUACCGGACAGAUGAGGUGGAGGUGACCUGGAGGGACUGAGCUGGCCACGCCCCCGAGCCAAAGCCCCGCCCACUCAAUAAAGUCUCCGCCCUCUCCCC